AUGUACCCUCACUCGUUCUUGGGUCUUUUGACUUCGUGCCUUUCGUUCUGCUCUGUUGCCCAUGCAAUUCCAACCGAGCGACGCCAGGCUAACGACAACUCUGCCAACGUUCAGACCUACUUCAACCUGGAUGGCGCAGCGCACGGCGAAAAGGUAAAGACUCUCAUCGCCGAUGGCUACCGCAUGAUAUCCUUGAGCAACUAUGGCACAGCGUCGGACGCAAAAUAUGCCGCCGUCUGGGUACGGCGGGAUGGAAACCCUUUCGAAACAAUCUACGGUGCAGACGAGGCCACUUAUGACGACUGGUUCGACUCGUGGAAGUCCAAGGCCUAUGUCGCCAUCUACACGGGCGUCAUGGAGAAGGCCAACGUCACCAACUGGACACAACUUUGCGGUCUCAACAACCCCUAUGAGUUUGACAACGCGACGAAUGGUAUUGACAUGGUUGUGAAGGGCUUCAGCAUGUACGGCACUCCCUCGGACCGCCGCUAUUGCGUUCUGGGCCAUGAGAACGUCGGAAAUCAGAUGUCUACUGUCUUUUACUCAGCCGGCAACUACACCGUCGACUACCCUAAGAUCUAUGAGUCAGAAACAGCGAAGCGCUUCUGGAGACCAUCUCGCCUCUUUCUCUCAGACGACCACGUCGUCACCCCCCAAUUCGUGGACACCUCUGUUGGGAAGUGGGUAGCUUUGAACGAUCUCACGGCCGAAGAGCUGUCCUCUCAGAUCGAAUUGCAGAAGCAGCAGGGCCUUCACCCAAUCGACCUUCACGGGGGUGCUUCCGGACAGGAUGUUCGCUUUGCCGUCAUCUUCGCUGAGAAAGACGUUCCCGAGGCCCGAAAGUGGACCGCCACCGGCUCCUUCAAGGGAUUCAAGGAUAACGCAGGUGCCACAACGGCCUUUGAUACCGCAAUGCAGACCUGGAUGAAGAAGAACGGCGUCCGCCAGGCACAACUCGCCAUCGCGUCCAACGGUUCGAUCAUCGCCGAGCGCGGAUACACCUGGGCGGAGACUGACCGACCCAUCGUUGAGACAGACGACAUCUUCCUUCUCGCAAGCGUAAGCAAGAUCUUUGUUCACGCGGCUAUCUCCAACCUCAUCGAGGCCGGGAAGCUCAACUACUCCACGCCCGCGUACCCCUUACUCGGAUACGACAAGCUCGCGGACGCCCGCGCAAAGGACAUCACCAUCGAUCACCUCCUCUCACACACGUCUGGGUACAAUCGCGAUCGGUCCGGUGAUCCGAGUUUCUUGUUUCGCGAGAUCGCUAUCACCCUGUUCAACGGCACCCGUGCCGCGACGCUGCGGGACGUCAUCGAAUACCAGGUCUCUCGCCCGCUCGACUUCGCUCCCGGCGCGGACUAUGCCUACUCCAAUUACGGAACCAUGCUCCUGAGUUACAUCGUCAGCAACAUCACGGCGACGCCCUACCUCGACUUCUUGAAAGAAAACAUCUUCGGCGAUCUAGACGUACGUCUGUAUGAGACGGCAGCAGAGAAGCACGCCAAGGACCGCAUCAUCCAGGAGAGCAAAUACACGGGCUACGAUCCGCGAGAACCACAGUCGUACCGUCUCGUACCGGGCCCGUAUGGCGGCGACGGAGCUAUCAAGGAGGAGUGCGCGGGUGCGUUCUCGCUUGGGGCGAGUGCGGGCACCGUGGCGAGGUUCAUCGGCUCACACGCCGUCAGUGGCACCGGCGGCCGGGCGCCGUUUGCUGAGCGGGACGGGACGGUGGUUGGGGCGCGGACCUUUGCGUCGAGUAGGCCUGAUGUUGACUGGGCUCUGACGAUUAAUACCCGAGAGUACAUCUCUGAGGCGGAGUUUGACGACUUGAGGUAUUGGAAACUACCUUUUGUAUUUGAGGACUUUGCCGUGGCGUAG